ACACAUUUUGGGGGUGAAAAAAGCACAAUUUAGGGAUGAAAAAAUUAUAUUGUGGGGAUGACAAAAGCACAUUUUGGGAGUGAAAAACAGCCCAUUUUGGGGUCAAACCUGCCCUGUGUUGCAGCGUGGACAACAGCGAGUACAUGAGGAACGGGGAUUUCCUGCCCACGAGGCUCCAGGCCCAGCAGGACGCCGUGAACAUCGUGUGCCACUCCAAAACCAGGAGCAACCCCGAGAACAACGUGGGGCUCAUCACCCUGGCCAAUAACUGUGAGGUGCUGACCACGCUCACCCCGGACACGGGACGGAUCCUCUCCAAGCUCCACACGGUGCAGCCCAAAGGGAAAAUCACCUUCUGCACUGGGAUCAGAGUGGCCCAUCUGGCCCUGAAGCACCGGCAGGGCAAGAACCACAAGAUGAGGAUCAUCGCCUUCGUGGGGAGCCCCGUGGAGGACAACGAGAAGGAUCUGGUGAAGCUGGCGAAGCGGCUCAAGAAGGAGAAGGUCAACGUGGACAUCAUCAAUUUUGGGGAGGAGGAGGCCAACACGGAGAAGCUGACUGCGUUCAUCAAUGCCCUCAACGGGAAGGACGGCAGCGGGUCCCACCUGGUGACGGUGCCCCCCGGGCCCAGCCUGGCCGAUGCCCUCAUCAGCUCCCCCAUCCUGGCGGGAGAGGGGGGGGCCAUGCUGGGCCUGGGCGCCAGCGACUUCGAGUUCGGCGUCGACCCCAGCGCCGACCCCGAGCUGGCGCUGGCUCUCAGGGUGUCCAUGGAGGAGCAGAGGCAGCGGCAGGAGGAGGAGGCCCGAAGAGCUGCGGCCGCCUCGGCCGCCGAGGCCGGGAUUGCAGCCACCGCCGGGGAUGAGUCGGACGAUGCCCUGCUCAAGAUGACCAUCACCCAGCAGGAGUUCGGCCGGGCGGGGCUGCCCGACCUCAGCUCCAUGACGGAGGAGGAGCAGAUCGCCUACGCCAUGCAGAUGUCCCUGCAGGGGGCUGAGUUUGCCCAGGCGGAGGCGGCCGAGGUGGACAGCUCUGCCAUGGACACCUCCGAGCCUGCCAAGGUGAGAAUGGGGGGAUCCCACCCUUAUUCCAUCCCUAUUCCAUCCCUAUUCCAUGGGAUCCAUCCCUGUUCCAUCCCAUGGACACCUCGGAGCCUGCCAAGGUGAG